AUGCACAUCCUGGUCGUCAACGACGAUGGUCCGCCAAGCACCAAGCUUUCACCAUACCUCCAACCUCUAGUCAAAACCCUCGAAGCAAACGGCCACCAAGUCUCCGUAGCAAUCCCGGCAGCCUCUCGCUCCUGGAUUGGCAAAGCCCACCUAAUUGAAGCCUCUCUAACAGCCAGCUACGUACACCCAGACGCGUUUAACGCAGACGGCAGCUGGGACGAGAGCUUUGAAUCCCCAGACCCGGAGAAUGACUGGGUGGUGAUCCGCAACGGCACACCGGCCAGCUGCGCGCAACUAGGUCUGCACAAUCUAUUCAGUGAGCGCGCGCCCAUCGACCUUGUCAUUUCGGGUCCGAACCACGGCCGCAAUGCUUCCACCAUCUACAACCUCUCCUCGGGGACGGUAGGCGGUGCGCUGGAGGCGGUGUUCUGUGGUAAGCGUGGUAUUGCAAUCUCGUUUGGUAGCAAGGACCCGCAGCCUGAUGAUGUUAUUGCUGCGGCCGCGAGACUGGCUGUUAGGGUGGUGCAGCAUCUUUACGGGAACUGGGAUGAGCGGGUCGAGCUUUACAAUAUCAAUGUUCCUAUGGUUCUUGAUGUGGAGGAGAAGCCUGUGAUUUACACACGCACGUUGCCGUAUUAUUGGUCCAGAGGAUGCUUGUAUGCUGAAGAGGAGACAGGAAAGAAGGUGAAUGGUGUGAAUGGGGUUCAUGUCAACGGCGAGACAAACGGCACGGGUGUUGAUGGAUACGCCCCUGCGUCUGCCAGACAGCGGCAGUUUAAGUGGUCAGCUGAUUUGUCGGAUAUGAAGAAGACGAUGCAGGAAAGUGAGGUCGGCACAGAUGCCCACACUGUGCUCAAUGGGUCAACGAGUGUGACUGCCCUCCGAGCCAAUUUCUGGCAUGUCCCCGGUCUUGAAGGACCACUGGACCUUGAUUCUUGA